AACUUGAAAAUGACUGAAGAGAAUUUUACAGUUGUUACUGAGUUUAUUCUUUUGGGAUUGACAGAUCGCACUGAACUCAAAAUUGCACUUUUUGUGUUAUUCCUGGUGAUUUAUGCCACUACCUUGCUGGGGAAUCUGGGCAUGAUCUUCUUAAUCCAAGUCACCCCGCAGCUCCACACACCCAUGUACUUUUUCCUCAGUUGCCUUUCAUUUGUGGAUGCCUGCUACUCAUCAGUUAUUGCACCCAAAAUGCUGACCACCUUCUUGGUUGAGAGAGAAACCAUCUCCAUCUCUGCCUGCAUAGUGCAGCACUUGUUUUUUGGAGUGUUCAUCACCACAGAAGGCUUCUUGCUCUCAGUGAUGGCAUAUGACCGCUACGUGGCCAUCGUGAACCCUUUGCUUUACACCACAGUCAUGUCUAGGAGAAGGUGCAUAGGGCUGGUCUGUGGGUCAUGCAUAGGUGGGAUGAUCAACUCAUUGACACACACUAUAAGCUUAGGGAGACUGUCUUUCUGUGGGUCUAAUGUUGUGGGCCAUUUUUUCUGUGAUGUUCCCCCACUGCUAAAAUUGUCGUGUUCUGAUACUUCCAUCAAUGAGCUUUUGCUUUUAAUUUUCUCCGGAGUCAUUGCCAUGGGCACCUUCUUGAUUGUGAUCAUUUCCUACAUAUUCAUUGCCAUUGCUAUUCUGAGAAUCCGCUCAGCAUCAGGCAGGCAGAAAGCCUUCUCCACCUGUGCCUCUCACCUGACUGCUGUGACCAUAUUCUAUGGCACCUUAAGUUUUAAUUACAUUCAGCCCAGCUCCCAAUACUCCGUGGAGCAGGAGAAGGUGGUUUCUGUGUUCUACACACUAGUGAUCCCCAUGUUAAACCCAUUGAUUUACAGUCUGAGAAACAAGGAUGUAAAGGAUGCUGUGAAGAGAGUCAGAGUAACAAAACGUCUCUCGUGUUAA